AUGGAUCAUAAAAGGAAUACCCCUUCCUGUUACCGCGUGCCUUUUAUUGUCAACCUUCUAGCAGCAAUCUGUCUGGCGAUUUUGAUUGCUCUAGGCGUCUAUGUCAGUAAGACGACGAUCCUGGUUGGCGGAACUUCGUCCCCCGGAUUCCCCGUCAUCAAGGUAGACACAAAUAGCUGGAACGUGGGGUGUACUGUUAUUGGUACUGCCGUCGGGCUGUUGCUCUCGUGGGGAUUUUCCAGCUACGAUGAUCUCUUAACACGAAAGGAGCUACAAAGCCCUGAUGGGGUCUUGGCUAUGUAUCUAAGGCCGUUGUCUGCGAUGCGUGGAUUGAAUCAAUUGCAACGACGAAGAUUUCCAGCGACGCGCAGCUUCCUCAUCCUUGCCAGCGCCGUCUCCUCCCUGACCAGUGCUGCGACCGUCGCAAUCUUUGGCAUCCACACCGCUCGUGUUACCGUUACCAACCCUUCGGCUUCGUAUCCCCUGGAUCAUUUCCCAGGAGGGGGCUGGGUGCGUAAUCCCGACAAGUCUUCUUACUCGGUUGUAAUAGCUCCCGAAGUCUCUCUUCUCAGCAGUUUCCUAUACCGAGAUUCCUACAUUCGAUCAUUGCAAGCAAUAGGGCAAGGAAACCUUCUCGGGAAGGGCAAUUGGCAGCCAGAGUCAGGUACUAUUGGAAGCACGAACUAUCCCGGGUUGAACACGUCUGGUAUUGGAUUGAACAUGUCAUCUUAUACCCAAUACUCCGGUCCCUCUUCUGGGUUUAAUCUCCCCACCUCCUACACAUUCGAACGACUCGAUGCCAAAGUCUUUGGAACCAUCGUCGACGUGACCUGCACCAAUGCGACGGCCUUGUACACUGUUACAACGACAAAAUACGGCGAUCCAGAGAAUCCCGACGUGGUGCUAUAUCAUUUUGCAAAGGGUAAUGUCGUCAACACAACAGUGCUACUGGACCGGGGUUAUGCAUAUCCACUCAGUAUCGGCUCGGUCGUCACUGAAAAGAAUGGUGAACCGCUUCACACUUUGCUCUUACCGGGUGAUGAUAUCGAUCCACCAUUCGUUCUUGAGUGCACAUACGGAGGAAACGAAAUCCUCGCGUCGAUCAGCCUUCUAGACCGUGUUUCGCCUCUCCAGGUCAAUGGAAUUGUGACCCAAGAAUCUUCGCUGAACGCCACUGUGAAAUGGAAGCUUUCUAAUAUGACCGACCAAUACAUAAACGGUUACAGUCACUCGGGCCCAGGAGGCAGUCUAGCAGAUGGCUGGGUUGCGUCAGGUUAUUACAAUUACAAUUUCGGCGACAGCAGCACACUCACUGCACAGACGAUGGGUCAGAUUCUAAGUGAAUUAGGCGAGGCAUACUUUAGUCUGUUGAAACAAAACUUUGAAAAUGCGAAUCAAAUCCGCAGUGCGGAUCAGAUGUCUCCGAACGGGAGCUUCGUGAAAAUGGCGGUCUCGGUCCUUCGAGUGGGCGGCUCAUCCGACGCUUGGCUGAUUAUUUAUGCGUUGAUGUUCAUCUCGGCCAUGCCUGGAGUGAUCAUGGCAGCUGUCUACAGACGUGUAUUACAAUGGUCACCUCAAGAUCCCGUUGAGAUAUUACAGAAAUUCCUUCCUGCGGCCAGCGUUGACGAGUUAACCCAACUAGAAUUCCAAAAUCGAUUUCAAGCUGUCCAUCAAGGUGGAGUGAGGUUGCCGCAGGUACAACAGGUAGGGUUCCCCGGACGAAGCUAG